CAGAGAACCUAUACCACCAUGGAGAAGUUCAAUGAGACUAUGGUGGUCUACUUUAUUAUUAAGGGAAUUUCUGACUCUCUGCAGUUCCAGAUUCUAAUCUUCAUUUUGGUCUUGUUCCUUUAUCUGAUAACUUUUGGAGGUAACUUUACAAUUAUGCUCCUUGUGUGUCUGGAUCACCAUCUUCAGUCUCCAAUGUACUUCUUCCUGAGUAACCUGUCAAUCUUGGACAUAUUUUCUUCUACGAUUACUCUACACAAAAUCCUCAUCACAUUUGUGACCGGCAAUAAAUCUAUUUCAUAUGCUGCCUGUAUAACGCAGAUGUAUUUAUUUGGAUCCUUAACCUGUGACGAAUUGUUGAUCUUGACUGCUAUGAGUUAUGACCGCUAUGUAGCCAUUUGUAAUCCUUUGAGGUAUACAUUGGUCAUGAACUGGACAGUUUGUUCAAUUUUGGCCACUGCUUGCUGGGUUCUGGGUUUCCUUGAAAUUGCACCAUUAACUGGGUUACUGAUGGGCUUCAGCUGCUACAGAUCUAAUGUAAUCAACCACUUUUUCUGUGAUCCCAUACAAGUCAUGAAGCUCUCCUGCAGUGACACUUCUGUUUUUAAUAUUGUGCUCAUAACGGAAAUAUCAGUACUUUUGUUUCCUGUUCCCUUUCUUCUGAAAUGUACAUCUUAUGUUUUUAUUAUUAUAACAAUAUUAAGGAUCCCCUCAAGUGCAGGGCGACGUAAAGCCUUCAGCACUUGUUCCUCUCAUCUUACGGUUGUCCUCCUAUUGUACAUGACUCUUUCAUAUCAAUAUUUAUUUCAUACCCUAGUGGACAGUGUAGAUUACACUCAAUUAUUCUCCCUUUUUAACACAGCUCUUCUCCCCAUUCUAAAUCCACUAAUCUACAGCUUCAAAAACAAAGAUGUUAAGUCAGCUUUUAAAAGGCAGUUAAGAUACCUUAAGGUCCGCCACGCUAUCCAAGCACAAUUCAGCUCCAAAACAAUUAAAUGGACCCAGAUCCCCGUCCUUCUUAAAAUAAUCAUGGCAAGAAGUGCCAAGGGCUUAAUAACAGCAACAUAUAAUACCUUGAGUGCUAGUGCGAUAAGCAGAGCAGGCCCGGUUAAAAGUAAAGCUGCGUGGGAAAGAGACCUGGGAACAAUAUCAUCUGAACAAUGGGAGAGGAUUCUUCAACAAUGCGCCUUGGUCUCAAAGACUGUCCCACUUGUUUUUACUACAUAG